ACUAUUGUCCGCUUCUUAUCUCUGAAAAAGAAAAAAACAUGACACAGAGAGUCUGAAGAUCAAAGCAAAAGCCUUUCGUAGUCGUAAUCGAAACGCCAAAUCAUUACCGUUCAACUGAAAAUCCAACAGCUCUCUCUCUCUCUCUCUCUCUCUCUCUCUCUCUCUCUCUCCUCUCUCAUUACAAUGGAGAACGGUGCUGGAUUUGCAGGAGACAAUAUGAAAAAGAAGAAGCCUGUUGGUGAUGGUUUUGUCGGCGGGUUUUUCCCUGUCUCUACCACCAAGAUCGCGUGGAAAUCAAGGAAAAGAUCAGCAUCUGCGAACUCAGACAAAGCACUGGAGGCUGCUGCUAUGGAGGUCACACCAGAGAAGGAUGAGUCAACAACAACAACAACAAAAAUGGAAACCACAACUCCACCUGUUCUGUCCGAGAAAAGAAAAGCUCUGUUUGAGCCACUUGAACCUAUUACUACAAACUUGAACGGAAAGCGACCAACUGAUGCUGAUUCGCUCUUGCCGCCCCCAGAUUUCGAGUCUGCAAACUACCCGAAAGGCUGGUUGAUCGGUAAGAAGAGGAAGCUGGUGAAUGUUGAUGUGGUUGAGAGCAUGCGUAGAAUCGCUGUCCAAGAAAUGAACAGAAAGGAUCGAGAGAUAGAUGGGUUAAACGAGCAGCUAGAAGAGGACUCGCGUUGCUUAGAGCAUCUGCAACUUCAGCUGCUACAAGAGAGAAGCAAGAGAACAGAGAUUGAAAGAGAGAACACAAUGUUGAAAGAGCAAGUCGAUAUGCUUGUCAACAUGAUACACCAAGAUGAAGACGAAGAAGUACCAGAAGAACCCUAGCUCUAGCAUGGUGUCAUAUAUAAAGUACGUCUACCUAUAAUAUUAGCUCUGUUUUGUUUGUUUUAUUCAUUUGUCCAUAAGACGUAAGGAAAGGAAGAAGCUUUACUACCAA